UUGUUUUUUUUCCGCAGGCGGUGGUGGAGGGAGAAGCUGUGCUGAACAUUCCGAGUGUGGGCCGCGAUCAAACGCUCUUCACACUCCGCUCAUGGAGCCGAUCACCUCCUGGAGCGCAGAGAGAGUCAGCGCCUGGCUCAGAGGUCUGGAUGCAUGUCUGCAGCAGUAUGAAUUUGAACAGUGGCAGUUGUGUGGGGUGGAUCUGCUGCAGUUAUCAUCACAGCACUUCAAACAGCUCGGCGUGCACAAGAUCGGACACCAGGAGCUCAUCCUGGACGCCGUGGAGAAACUCUGCUCUCUGACGUAUGGUCUGACCGGGGAGAACGUGUGCAGUGUCACGCAGAAGCUGCGUGCUCUGGCUCAGUCGCUGCAGAUGAGUAUUCAGAGUCGAUGGCAUGUUCAUACAUACGAUGGGCACAGAGCCACAAAAAUGCCAAAUCAGGAACUGCAGCUGGUACUGGAUCUCAUCAUCGCAGCCAAGGCCCUGUAUUCCCUGCUCAACAGGUAUCAGUCCACAGAGUGGACAGAAGUUACAGGCUUUAAGAACAUCCUUGAUCUGUGUACAGAUUUGGGCUCUGCCUUGCAGAAGAACAACACGGUGUUGGAUAAGGAGAAGGACAUCAUAGCAGUCAGUCGUCAGUUGGUGGCGGUAUGUGAUGAGCUCCUGAGCACUGCUCCUGAGGCUGUACUGACCCACACUGCUCAGCUGCAGAGUGUUGAUCUGGUGCCGGUCCUGCCUGGAGAACAACUGGGGAUUGAGAUCACCUCCACGUCCACUAGCCAACACUUCGUCUCUGGAUCAGCUGCUGAGUUUCCAUCAGAUUCCUGUGAGAAGAUCUUGGCAGGUGAUGAGGUCAUAAAAGUUAAUGAUCAGAUUGUGGUCGGCUGGAGCAGGAAGAACCUGGUGGCGAAGCUUCAAGAGAACCCGAAUGGAGUGACACUGCUGCUGAGACGCCUUCCUGCCCUGUCUGUCUCUCACAAGCACAAAGACAAGCCAACACAGAAGGAAGAAGACAAAGAAGAGGAAGAGAGAAAGAGGCAGUCAGCGAUCGAGCGAGUGCCGUCGUCUGGGCGCUCGUACUCGUUCAGGGUUGCUGUGUCGUAUCCAGAAGGGCAGCAGCAGACGGGACAGGAGGAGCAGGAGUUCAACGAUCACGGCCUUGAUGGGAAUCAGAGCCACAGUGCGUACACACACCACCUGGUUGCAGGUUUUGGGUUAGGGCGCAGGAGUACGUCUCUCCUCAGUCUGGACUCAAGCAGGACAAGAGUCGGAUCCUGGUCUGAGAUGGGGGCCAGCGUGGAGGAAAAGGAGACCAAGAAGAACUUCAAAGGCACACAGACGGCGAUGAGUCGUAGGAGGGUGUCGUGCCGCGAGCUGGGCCUGCCAGACUGCGACGGAUGGCUCUGGAAGAAGAGGAAAGAGAUGACUGUGUUCAGGACACAGAAAUGGCAGCGCUUCUGGUUUGUCCUUAAAGGAGUUACAAUCUACUGGUACACCAGCCAGCAGGAACAGAAGGCAGUUGGGAUGGUGAAGAUUGGCACCUACAACAUUGAGAGCGCUGGAGAACACAAGAGGAAGUACGUGUUUCAAAUGUCCCACCCGCGCUUUCAGAACUUCUUCUUCGCUGCUGACAACGUUAGCGACAUGAGCAAGUGGAUCAACUGUCUGAUCACCGCCAUCCAGAAAUACAAGAAGUACCAAGAGAAUCCACCAAGCAAUGAGACUGAGUGCUACAGCGAGACAGAUUCGGAGGAUGAAAGCUCACACUCGCCACGCCUUCUAAAGAAAAAACCCUCCACGAAGCCCCAGUCGAACACCCUUCCUCGAGCUCUGGGUCGGAAAAACAAGCCACUAGGAGGAGCUGCAGUGUCCACUUCACCAGCAGGGGGCAGUAAAGCUGCAGGAACAGUGGAUGAGAUGGGCGAGCUGUUUAACAAGCUAAAGGAGGGAGGAGUGUCUCUGAUUGGCCAGGAUCAGCCCAUCACUCGCGAUCAACUCCGCAGGUCAUUUAUCCGACGAAACAAAAAUCCCAUCAUCAAUGAGAAGAUCCACACACUGCGUGCUCUUCAGAGCACUCUCAAGGCGAAGGAGGCGGAGCUACAGAUCCUUGAUAAGCUUCUGGAAGAUUCCAGUCUGACGCCGCUGAAAUUCCGGCAGUGGAAGGAACACAAUGAGGAUCUCUACCAGGAGAUUGAGAAAAGUGUCACUGAGAGAAAACGAACCCAAACAACCCCACAAGUGAAAACUGCCACUGGUGAUGACGGCGCACGUAGACUCAGCCUGAGUGACGGAGAGCAGCUAGUGGAUGCCGAGUUGCCUAGCAAUGGAGACUCGGCCCCCGACUCUGCACGUGAACACUUAGCAGGUUGUACCGACCCACACGGUGAAACAGCAGACCGCAGCUCCUCUCAAAAUUACUUCUACAUCUGAGCUGAUGUGUCCUGACCCUGUGCCCGCCCACUUUAGAAUUCUGACCAUUCAGAGUGUCUUUUUAGAGGAAUGGGGCGGGACUUGAGCUGCUCUGGGGAGUGUUUCCAUUUUCCAAACUUGUUCUUACAAGAAAUGAUUGUCAGUGUUGCUGAGCAACCUUAAUGAUUUUUUUAAGCUAAUUGCCUAGCUAGCUAGUAGCAGUGGCUGGCUUUGUUUUAGUGAAAAUUUUUUAAAUGAAACUCCAAAUGGCCGUAAAUAAUCAUGUCAAUAUUAACUGCUUAACCUUCAUGUUUCGUUCACUACUUUUACAGUAGUGUUACUGUUGUGAAAUGUAAUUUAAAACAACCAGUAUAAGUUCAUCUUUAUCUGAAUAUGGAUUUGCAAGUCUUCGUGUCAGCAGCCCAAGUCCAGCAUGAUCAGUAUUUAUUUACUUUUCGUACAGUUCACGUCCCAGAUCAGCUCUGAAGCUGUGAACUACUGAUUGGAAAGAACACACUGGUGCUGGUGCUGGUCCACUGACGACUCACUGGAUAUGGAGCUUUAGUCCACGAUGGGCUAAGAAAAUAAACACUGAACCUGGAACCAAGAAGGAGAUGACUAAAAUCCCUGACGUCUGUGUGGAAGUGGACAUGAGUUCGUAACUCAUAUUCGUCAAACAUCAUUAUUUCCUGUUUUCUGAAACAGGAAGUUAUUUUUCAUUCACAGUAAAUAUUUUGUGAUCUAAAAAUAGAACAAAGUGGCCUGUGCACAUAAGACAUUACUACGGCCGUUUAUUUUUACAGGCAAGUUUUAGAGUGGUCAUUUUCAAGUUUUAAUAUAAUAUCCUUUUUUUCCCCCCGUUUGUACUGCAUGUUAAUAUGUGCAAUGAUGGGGAGAAAAGGAAAAGAAUUAAUGUAAAUGAGCUUGUAAUUCAUUUCACAGAACAAAAGCACGAGACUUGAGUCUUGAGUAAUGUUGUGAACACUGUCAGUUGGAUAUGUGAAUGUGUUUAUUAUUGUAAAUAAAAUGUCUACAGUUUACAAAAGA